AUUGUGAUCACGGACGCCGACGCGAUCAAGCACGUGAUGGUCUCGAAGGCAAAGAACUACCCACGGUCGCCUCUUGUUCGAACUCUCUUCAAGAAACUUGAAGGUGGCGACACACUCGUUACGACCGAGGGCUAUGCGCACGCGGCGUUGCGCAAGCUCUUCAACCCACACUUUGGCCAAGCCAACGUCAAGACAAUGCUCCAUGUCUUUCAGCACCACACCGACGUCUUCAUGGAGCAGCUCGCGAUUGAUCAGCCCCUCGAUCUCAAGAACCGUACGCGCCAGCGUGAACCUCAUCCCUUCUCAUGUGACCUAGUGUUUACGCAGGUGGCGCUGGACAUGAUUGGUGUCGCGGCCUUUGGCUAUGAUUUCGAGUCGCUUCGCAACAAGAACCCACGCGAGAUACAGGCAUUCCACGACAACAACCUCACGCCCAGCUUGUUUGGCGUCAUUGGCUUUGCCCUCGUACCGUUUUACGAGUACCUCCCACUAGAGUCCAACAGUCGCCGCGCCGAAGCGCAGUCGGUGCUGCAGAGCCUUAUCGACCGAGUGCUGCAGCGAAAAUUAAUCGCGUUGGAGACCUCCACGGCUGGCAGUGCACCCAAGGACAUCCUCGACCUCAUCCUCGCGCAAGCGUCCGAUAUGCCGAUGGCUGACAUUCGCGCGCUGCUUCUCAUGUUCAUGUUUGCUGGCCACGAGACGACUGACAACACUCUCGCUUGGGUCGUCUCGUUCGUGGCGCAGCACCCACCGGUCGCCGCCAAGGUCCACGACGAGUGUUUGCGCAUGCGUUGUGAUGGCAACGACAAGGUGCCGACGUGGGAGCAGCUCGGUCACCUCUCGUACCUCUCGGCCGUCAUCCACGAAACGCUGCGACUGCGUCCGACGGUGCCCGAGACGUCGCGUCACGCCGCUGAGGCCGACACGCUGCCACUUGGUACCUCACGCCUUCCACUUCCACUGCUUCAUCGCGCGUGUCCUAGGGCGCUUGAUAUCUUUUUCGACAUCAUCGCGAUCCAUCGCAACCCGACGUACUGGAGCCAACCCAACGAGUUCCUUCCAGAGCGCUUUAUUGAAGGCACGGAUGUGUACAAAGCCGACUUGACGCUCCGAGGCGGCAAGCCCAACACGUUUUGCUACUUUCCCUUUGGCGUUGGCGACAAGAACUGCAUUGGAAGUCACUUUGCUAUGGCCGAAAUGCUCGUCGUACUCUCGACCCUCCUCUCGACGUACCGUGUCGCGCUGACACCGGCUGCCAAUUUGAACGUUCGCAAGGACACGGUCGCGAUUGCUCCCGUGUAUCUUGAGGUCACGCUCGCACCGCUUCCGACGCGUUCGCCAUUUGUCUAA